ACGUCCCUAAUCAUCUCUCUUCUCUCCGAUCACUAAUUCUGGCGGCGUCACCGGGGAAAAGAAAGCGAAUCCCGUUUAUCUGGUUUCCGCGAACUCCUUAGUUUGUCACUCUUUGAUCAAAUACAAGUAACAGAUUAAAUGGGGCCAAGAUGGAAAGGAAAGGGAGCAGAAGCAAAAGCUCUUGCUGAUCCCAUGUCGAAAAUAGUUUCACAGCUUCAAUCUUCUUUGAUACAAACUGAGGCUCAUGGGUUACUCUCAGGCUGCAAUGUACUUGUUGCUGUGGAUGUGGAAUUGACUGAUCUUCUUAAUCGUGCGUGUUUUGGUAGACCUAUUGUUACAGCUGAGAAGGAUAAGCAGUGGUUUCAGUUGUCUAUGGAGGAAGCCUUUUAUUUAUGCUAUUCUUUGAAAUGCCUCAGGAUUGUUGGUGAAGAACAUUGUACAAAGAAUAAUGAAGAUCUGUGGCAGUACAUGAAAUCCAAAAAAGCUGUAUUCCCUUAUUCUUACAAGGCCUUUUUGCAUCUCCGAUUGAAAAAUUGGGUUGUGAGAUCUGGAUUGCAGUAUGGUGUGGACUUUGUUGCCUACCGUCACCAUCCAGCUUUUGUUCAUUCUGAGUAUGCUGUGCUUUUCCUGUCAGAGGGAGAUGAUAAUCUAAGUGGUCGGUUGAGGGUGUGGUCUGAUUUGCACUGCACGGUUCGACUUUGUGGAAGUGUUGCAAAAACCUUGUUAAUUCUUAACAUCAAUAGAAAUGGUCAUGAUGCCUCCUCUCCAUCAUGUUUAGAGCAGUACACCAUUGAAGAGCGAACAAUUGCAAGAUGGAAUCCAGAACAGUGCCGUGAAGAUCAGAAAAUUCCUGAAAAUGGAAUCAAAUGAGGUAUAGUUCAGAAUCUUCUUUCUUAAUGAGAAUAAUUUUGUCUAUCAGCUUUGCUUACUUAAUUUACUUGUUCUAGUAGAACCUCAGCUUGCUUAUAUCACCUUUGAAAGGACAUGGGCAAAUAUUGAACUUCAUUUUGUGCCUGUUCCUCUCCAUUUCUGACUAUAUUCUUUUAAUGUUCUGUAUGGUGCUGUCAGCUGUGUUGCAUAUAUGUUGUGUAGCUUAUUAUGAAGCAAGUAUUGUUUCUUCCACUUGAUUUCUGAAUAUUUCUUUGGGCUGGUUUGUUUCUUAUUUAUGAAUGUACCACACCUCAAGCUGCUGUGACACUCAUAUUGACAUUCUUAUUGAUAAUUUUCAUGUAUGUUGCAUGCUUGAUGGUCCGGGUCUAUGAUUCCUUUUCCAAGACAUUAUUCACCAAUGUCUCACUUUCUAAAAUGAACUAGUCGGAUAGUA